AAAGUAUCAUCAUGGCUUCGACGUCAAGGUUAAAAGACAAGGUGAAGCAAAAAGAAUGGAAUAUAAAGGGGAAAAUGUCUCUCUUGACACUAGACUUAUCUAACAAGUAUCUGACUCAACUGCCCGAGGAACUUUUUGAAUUAAAAGACAUAGAGGCCUUGGAUUUGACAGGCAACAGGAACAUUGAUCUCUCCACUGAGCUGAUCAAACUGACCAAUCUGAAACUGUUGUGUCUACAUCGAUGCAACCUUGAGUCGGUUCCUGCUGUCGUGAUGAAACUUUCACAUUUAGAAGCAUUGAUCCUCAGUAACAACAACAAGAUCACCUUGCCGGAUGAGAUGUCCAGUCUCGUGAACCUCACUGUCCUCGACUUAAAUAACUGUAACCUUAAGUCGGUUCCCUUUGUUGUGAUGAAACUUCAACAGUUAAAAAGACUGAUGCUCGGUUAUAACAAGAACAUCACCAUGCCAGGUGAUAUGUCCAGCCUCGUGAACCUCACUGCCCUCGACUUACAGAACUGUAACCUAGGCACACUGCCGCCGGUUGUACUGCAACUACUUAACCUACAGGAGUUGCAUUUAGGUAUGAAUCAGAUCUCCCUGCCAGAUGAGUUGUACAAGUUAGAGAAUAUAAAAGUAUUGAGCCUAUUUGCUUGUAACCUGACGACGGUUCCACCGGCAGUACUAAAACUCACCCAGCUGGAGGAACUGGACCUCAGCUGGAACAGCGGGAUCCACCUGCCGGAUGAACUGUGCGGACUCAUGAGCACCAACGUCCGGGUACUUAAACUAAGGGGAACAGGCAUGGUCACGAUUCCUCAGGUAGUGUGGAGACUGGUACAGUUAGAACUAUUGGACUUGAGCUGCAACCCAGUACAGACGUUGCCUGCUGAAAUUGAAUAUCUCACUAACCUCAAACACUUGAGUCUGCUCUACUGUAAGCUGCACACACUCCCACCUGAAAUGUGGAGACUGACACAGUUAGAAUGGCUGGGCCUGAGCUCUAACCCACUACAGACGUUACCCUCAGAGAUCGGACAACUCACCAACAUUAAACACUUGGAUCUGUCCGGGUGCAAUCUGCAUACACUGCCACAUGAAAUGGGGAGACUGACACAGUUAGAAUGGCUGGACCUGAGGGAUAACCCACUACAGACGUUACCCGCGGAAAUCGGACAGCUCACUAAUAUGAAACACUUGGAUCUGACCGCGUGUAAGCUGCGCACACUCCCACCUGAAGUGGGGAGACUGACACAGUUAGAAUGGCUGGGCCUGAGGUCUAACCCACUACAGACAUUACCCGCGGAAAUCGGACAGCUCAUCAAUAUGAAACACUUGGAUCUGUCCGACUGCGAGCUGCACACACUCCCACCUGAAAUGUGGAGACUGAAACAGUUAGAAUGGCUGGACGUGAGCUCUAACCCACUAAAGACGUUACCCGCGGAAAUCGCACGUGGACAGCUCACUAAUAUAAAACACUUGAAUCUGACCGAGUGUAAGCUGCGCAUACUCCCACCUGAAAUGUGGAGACUGAAACAGUUAGAAUGGCUGGACCUGAGGUCUAACCCACUACAGACGUUACCCGCGGAAAUUGGACAGCUAAGUAACCAAUCUUAUAUAGACCUCAGUCACACAACACUUAUAACAAGUGCCCAUUUAAAAGUUGCUGUUUUGGGAGAGAAAAUGGCGGGGAAAACAAGCCUUAUGCAAACGCUGAGCACGGACCAGUCCACCCUGACAGAAGAAGAGGACCGCACACACUGUGUAGAGAUAACUCAGUGGGCACCUGAUAGAAAUAUCACGUUUGAAGUGUACGACUUUGGUGGCUAUGAUGUGUACCACCUCCCUCAUCAGUUCUUUUUGACACAAGGUGCCUUGAACCUGUUGACAGUAAAUCUUCAUGAAUACAGGUGUACUGAACAGAGUUACACAGAAGCUGUGGGGUUUUGGUUGGACACACUGAACGCCCGCGUGCCGGGGGCGGUGGUUACAAUAGUGGGUAGCAAGACGGACUUGUGCAGCGGCACAGAAAUAGAGGAGAAAACCAGGGACAUCCAAGAAAGAUUCACACAGCAACAUAACACUUGGCAACGUGGCAUACAGCAGCAAAUAAAGGAGUUACAAUUUGAAAGGUCGACCUAUAGAGGGGCCGAUCCGGAGGAGAUAGAACAACAGUUAGAACGUACCUUGACACGCCCGCUGCGGCUUACAGGUGUGUACUGCGUCAGUUCGGCAGAACCAACAUCUGGGCUGGACACACUUAAGAGUCACAUGAUAGAAACAGCAAAUGACACGAAAGUGUUUCCAAAUCUUCGAAGGAUCCUACCGCGAAAAUGGGUGGAUUUUAAACAGGAGCUUCACGACCUGCGGAAUAGGCCAACCGUAGGUACUGACCGCGGCUACAGCUCAUCAGCAAGGAGUAGCCUACGUAGUGACCGAGGCUACAGCUCAUCACUGAGUAGUGUAGGUAGUGACCGAGGCUACGGCUCAUUAUCACUGAGUAGUGUAGGUAGUGACCGAGGCUACGGCUCAUCAUUACUGAGUAGUGUAGGUAGUGACCUCGGCUACAGCUCAUCACUGAGUAGUGUAGGCAGUGACCGAGGCUACGGCUCAUCACUGAGUAGUCUCAUCACCGAUUAG